AUGUCGAAUCAAGACGAAAGGAUAGCUCAGGCCAACGUGCCUAACACGUCGGAACACCUCAAUACACUUUUCUUGACCCAGCUCAAAGAUUUGUCGGAAUCGAUUGCCACCUCAUUCGACUCCAUUUCGAACUCUUUGGCAGAACUGAGAAAUAAGGCUGGUUCCAUUGCAACUCUGGCUGCCACGCUCUCAGACACGUACGAGUCCAACCAGCAGCAGAAUGGAGGAGAUUCAAAGAUUUCUGCCAAAGAUAUCGACGCAAGACUGAUGAUGUUCCAAGUCGCACAGCAGGCCCAAAAUGGUCUUCCGAAACACGGAUUAGAGCAGGAUUCUCUUGGAGCCGUCAAGAAACAAAAGACCAUGUCAGAGUCCCUGCCAGAUGACGAGUUGGACCAUUCGGGAAAGUCGUACUCGAACGACGCCAACUUGCCCGAGGUCGACCUCAAUUCUAGAGCAAAAUCGGUGCAGGACCUGUGGGAGGAGUGGAAUAUAGGCUACAGAAAUCAGGAACCCUUGAAAUCGCUCGAAAGAAGGUACGGUACCAGAUGGAGACGCGGAAGGAUUGCCAAAAGUGCUCAGAGAAGAAAGAAGGUUAUUGAAUUCAUUGAAAGUGAGGCAAAACGGAACCCAGGCGUCACGGAAGAAGAUGUGGUUCGACUUCUGGAAAACUACCGGAUCAAGAAAAACAAAGGUCUUUUCUGGCUUUACGGAGCGCUUCCUAAUCACCUGUUCAACGCCAACGGAGAGCCUAUCGAGUUCCUUACAGAAGGAAAUGACAUGCAGUCGAAAGACGAAGGAAUGACCGAUGAGUCUGAGGCAACGGCCGCGGCCGUGGCUGCUGCUGCGGCGGCCGCCUCAGUCAAGCAAUGA